UUCUCCCCUCCCCCCCAAAUGCCGCGCCCCCUUCACUACUACUCCUAGCCCACAUUCUCUUCCGUCUCCCCCACCCCAAACAUCCACCUCGCCGCCGCCGCUUCCCGCUCGCCUGCGCCGACGAGCCACCGACGCGCCCCCCGGCCGGCCAUGGGCUGCUUCCUCGGCUGCUUCGGGGGCGACAAGUCCAAGAAGGAGCGCCGCCACCGCCGCCGCAAGCAGCGCUCCCCCUCCCGCUCCCCCUCCAAGGCCCACCGCGACGCCGACGCCGCCCCGCUCCUCGCCACCCUCCUCGAGCUCAGGGAUUCCGCCGAUGAUCUGUGCCUGGCCGUCGUCGCCAAGAAGAAGGUGACGUUCGACCCCAACGUGACGGCCUACGACGCGCCGCCGAUCCCCGAGGGCGAGGAGGCCGCGACAGAGGAGGAGGAGGGCCGCGCCGCGGCGGGCGGCGAGGAGGCGUGGACGCUGCUGGGGCCCCAGUGCGCGAAAUCCGAGGCGUUUCCGCUCAACCACAGGUACGGCAACUGCGCCGGCGCCGACGACGACAGCGACUACGAGGACUGCUACGACGACGACGACGAUGAGUACGAUGACGACGACGAGGAGGAGGAGGACGGCUUGGAUGGGAUCGACGAGUGCGCGGUGGACGACGACGAGGAGCACGGCGGGCUGCUGGGCAUCGCGCGCGGCGAGGAGGAGGCGUGCGAGUCGCUCUUCCUGCUCCCGGCGCCCAAGACCACCAAGGACAGCGCCGGCCAGACUGGAGCCGCAGCCGAGGUGUUCAACAGCCAGUGGAAGGACGCCACCAAGCCUCACACCGCCGCGCCCAAGGAUUCGGAGAAGGAGAACUUGGUCACGCUCUCCGACGACCCGGCGACCGUCCCGGCCAUGAAGCAAGAGAAGCCGGCGGGGAGCUGGGACUACACCCCGAGGACGCCGAGCAAGCAGGAGGCGUCGGUGGACGCGAGCCUCUCGACGUGGCUGGGCCCCUCGGGCACGCCGGAGAGCAACUACUCGGUGCGGUCCUACUCGCCGAUCAGCCGGGAGGACCGGCCCAUCCUCGGCGCCCUCACCGUGGAGGACAUCAAGAUCUCGUCGGCCAACUCGUCGCCGAGGCGGUCGCGGUCCCCGAGCCCGAGCCCCGACGACAUGCCCAUCCUGGGCACCGUGGGGGCCUACUGGAACUGCAGCGGCGCCAAGGGCGGCCCUGACGAUUCGGUGACGAGAGGCGGGUUCAUGAAGACCAGGAGCAGAUUUGGGCAGAACUUGGCAUGAUGAAAAUGGUGAACUGCCCUCCUGAAUUAUGAUGAAAUAGGCUAGAAAGAAGAGCUGUGAAUUAAGAGAGAAGAUACAGUGUGAGUGAGUGAGUGAGAGAUUGUUCCAUGAGUGAGAGAUUCUUUUAUGUGUUUGUAAACAUGUCAUGUCAGCAUUCUAUAUAGCAUGGUAUUCUUUUUG